GUCAAGAUGGCUGCCUCCAUAACGCGUGCGGUGGGCAAGUGCAGUGACGCAUAGUGCAGUCGGUGCCGCACUAAUUAAAGUCGUCUCCGCGCGAUCUGCGGAACCGGAAUCGAUUUGACUGAGCAUUUAUUUCAGUGCUGUGCCCAUCCGCACAUUCUGCAACGACCGUCACGCUGCUGCUGCUGCGAAACGAUCGGCAACGAACUCCGCGUCAACGCACUUUCGGUUCGCGAGAGGUCUUGCUCCCACGUGAGUAGUGAAGCUUCGUCCGUGCCAACAUGAAGCAGAAGGGGCGCAAAAUCGAAGAUGAGCGCUUCAAGCACAUCGUCACGGACCCGCGCUUCCGCGGCGUUCCCCGAUCACAGCGGAAAGUCACGAUCGACAACCGCUUCACUGCCAUGUUCGACGACAAGCGGUUCAAGCUCAAGUACGUCAUGGACAAACGGGGUCGCCCCGUUCACAGCACGACCACGGAGGAUCUGAAGAAGUACUACGCCGUCGAGUCGUCCGAGUCGGAAGACGACGACCCUGAUGAGCGGCCCGAAGGCGUCGAAGACGACGCGGGCGAUGACGACACCGUCGAAUCGAAAUCAAAGCGCGUUGAUGUGCCAUCGAAAUCUGAGGAAGAUGUUGAUGGCUCGGGAGAAGACGAAGAAGACUCGGAAGCGGUGGAUGAUACCGAAGAAGAGGACGAAGAUGACGAAUCUCAGGCAAGCUCCGACGCACCGGAGGAGCCCGAGAGGGAUCCGGCUCGAGGCAUUGGCAACGUCGAGACAAGCUCUGAGGAAGAUGAAAGCAGCGAAGACGAGUUGGAAGCUGAAGACGACGUGGCCUGGGGUGAGCUGGACCGCGACGCCCCCAAGUCGGACGACAUCAGCCGCCGGUUGGCGCUGUGUAACCUGGAUUGGGACAAGUUGCGCGCCCAAGACCUGUUCAUGCUGCUCGACUCGUUCAAGCCCCCCGGCGGCAUCGUGCAGCGGGUCAGCAUCUACCCGUCCGAGUUUGGCAAAGAGCGCAUGGCCGUCGAGCAAGUGAAAGGCCCCGCGGAGCUGGUCGAGGCAGCUCGUGGUGCCAAACAAGCGCCAAAGAGUAGCGGGGACGACGAGGAAGUCGACGCCAGAACAAAAAGGGAAGCACUGCGCCAGUACCAGCUGAACCGGCUGCGCUACUACUAUGCCAUAGCCGAGUGCGACUCUGCCGAGACGGCCGACCACCUCUAUCGGGAGCUGGACGGUCGCGAGUACGAGAGCAGUGGGACCUGCCUGGACCUACGGUUUGUCCCCGAUGACAUGACGUUCGACGAGGAGCCGACCAGUGUUGCGGACAGUGCUCCUGAUCCCCAGAGCUACACGCCAUUGAACUUCGUGACCUCUGCACUCCAGUCGGUCAACGUGCAGCUGACCUGGGACGAGGAUGACCCCCGCCGCACGGAAGCCAUGCAGCGAGCCUUCAAGGAAGAUGGUGACCAUGACGACCUCAAGGUGUACCUCGCUUCAUCAUCCUCCGAAAGCGAAGGAGAGGGCGAUCAGGGACGAGGUGCUGACUUGAAGGAAGUGAAGAAAAAGUCCUCGAUGGAAGCCCAGAUCCAGAAGUACCGUGACCUGCUGAAGAGCCUCGAUGACGGAGAAAAGAAGCCAGAUGACAAUGAAGAUGAUGUUGAAAUGGAGGUCACAUGGAACCCUGGUCUCAGCAAGCAGGUCGGAGACCUGAUCAAGAAGAAGCAAGAGCAACCGGAGGGCAAGACGCCGUUUGAGGAAUUCCUGGAGAAACGCAAAGAGAAGCGAAAACUCAAGCGAAGCCUUAACAAGGGCACUGAGGCAGAGGACGCUGGUGAAGAGAGGAGAGAACAAGACAGUGGCGAGGGCAGCCAGUCAGAGCAGGCUUUCUCGGACGACGAGCUCCCCUCCGAUGUGGACCUUGGCGACGAUUUCUUCAAGACAGAGGCAUCCUUGAAACCAUCGAAAGAAAGUGCUAAAACUAAGAAGAAGAAGAAGCGAUCCAACGUGCAAGACAAGGCAGAGGAUGAAGAGACCACGAGAAGCAAGGCGGAGCUCGAGCUGCUUCUCAUGGAUGAAGAGGACGACGGCAAGCAUCACUUCAGCCUCAAGAAGCUGCUGGAAGAGAACCAGGCGGGCCGCAACAAGAAACGCAAGAGGAAGGCCGAGAGCAAAGCGGCCCAGAAGGAAGGAAAGGCCGACGGCGACGACUUCCAGGUGGACCUGGCUGAUCCGAGGUUCUCAGCACUGUACGACUCUCAUCAUUACAAUGUCGACCCGACCGACCCACACUUCAAGAAAACCAAGGGCAUGGAGGCGCUGCUGACAGAAAAGCAAAGAAGAAGGCUCACUGCUCCGGAGAGCACUGCGUCCAAGGUCACUGCCAAACUGUCGCAGGGGCCGGCACCAACACAACCAGAGCCACAGCCACCAUCCGAAGCCGCUGCAGAGCCAAAGCCAAGCCGGCAAUCCCUGUCAUCGUUGGCCAGCUCAGUCAAGCUCAAAGUUCAGCAGAUGAAAAGCAGAAGUAAAAAGUUGCCAUCCUGAGCUUUUAAAAGCUUGCCUCUGUG